AUGAAAGACUUACCCAUACUUCUUGUGCAGGCCUGGGCCGCAGUGCUUAGUAAUUUCAUGAUAACCGUGACGUUAAUUCUAACUGGCCCACGAAUACGCUUGUUUCGGACUAUAAUGAAGAUCUCUUCAAGACUUCCUUCAAAAUCAUAUCAGAAAUUAUCUAGAUUGAUUCAUGCUAAGGAUAUCAUUGGUUUUCAUUUAAUUGGGUACUUAUUAAUAUUUAUUGCCGUGAAGCAAAGUAACGUCAAUAAUCUCUAUAUCCAUCUAGUGAUAUUUCAGAUGGAUAUGCUGUAUAUGAAUUGCGUUUGUGUAUUAAAGGAGUGUUUUAAAGAACUCAAUGACAAUCUGGCAAAUAUGCGAGAAUUCAUAGCUAUAAACAACAAGCUACAUGUUCCUAGACUGAUCUAUUACGAGCAGAAAACUCCAUUUCUGAUCAUGGAGAUCAAAGCUCUGAAAAAACAACAUCUGACGAUCAGUGAUACGGUACAGAUGCUCAACUCAAUCUUCAGCUUUCAGCUUCUUGCUACAAUAGUUAUAACCAUCUCCAUUCUCACUGUGUGUCUAUAUUUCUACAUAAUUAUGUGGCAACAUUCUUUAUCCACAACUCCAAUAAAUGGAUUCUUUCACGUAUAUUUUCUGUCGCAUAUCGCCCACUAUUUUAUAAAAAUAGUAUUAAUAGUAUGGGCCUGCGAGACAGGCAAAAAUCAGGCUCAACAAGUCGGCACUUCUAUUCAUGAUGCUUUUAACAGCACUACGAAUGAACAAAUCAAAGACGAGCUACAACUGUUUUCCUUGCAAAUACUUCAUUGCAAUAAUACAUUUUCCGCGAAAUGUCUCACUGUUGACGCGAAGCUUCUUGCAGGAAUAAUGGGUAGCAUUAUCACAUACUUAAUAAUAAUGUUUCAAUUCAUAUCGGAUUCUUGCAAAGGAAAAACAGCAAGCAAUAUUGCUGAAAUACUCUAAUUAUAAAAAGAUAUUUUUA